AGGGUGGGGCUAUAUAAGUCCGGGCAGCGAGAGCGGUUGCCGCCAUUUUGUCCAGUGAGGAGACGGGGAGCGGGAGCGUGUUUGGGAUCGAGUCGGCUGCGGCGUAGCGCGUGCUCCCUUCUCACGCCCACCCCGGGAGUCGUGAUGCAUCGUGACUCUUGUCCGCUGGACUGCAAGGUUUAUGUAGGUAACCUUGGAAACAAUGGCAACAAAACUGAAUUGGAACGAGCUUUUGGCUACUAUGGACCGCUGCGCAGUGUGUGGGUUGCUAGAAAUCCUCCUGGCUUUGCUUUUGUUGAAUUUGAAGAUCCCCGAGAUGCAGCUGAUGCAGUGAGAGAACUAGAUGGAAGAACACUCUGCGGGUGCCGUGUCAGGGUGGAGCUGUCUAAUGGUGAAAAACGGAGUCGUAAUCGUGGUCCGCCACCGUCAUGGGGUAGGCGUCCUCGAGAUGAUUAUCGCAGAAGAAGUCCUCCUCCUCGCCGCAGAUCACCACGAAGGAGGAGCUUUUCUCGUAGCCGCAGCAGGUCCCUCUCUAGAGACAGAAGAAGAGAGAGAUCACUUUCACGGGAGAGAAAUCACAAGCCUUCCCGUUCCUUUUCCAGGUCUCGUAGUCGUUCCAGGUCAAAUGAGAGGAAAUAGGACUUCAGGAGGAGCUGUGUACAGGAAGUCAUUAGAUCUGAGCACAGGAGGGAGGAGUAUGUACAGAACAUUGUGUUUUGUUUGAGACUUCAUAAAGCUUGGUGCAUUUUUAAAAUGUUUUAGCUGUUGAACUUGCUUUGUUUCUUGUAUCUUGUAACAGGUGACAAAUGUAAAGAUGUGAAUCUGUAUAUGGUUCUGAGCAGAUCAUAUGAUUUGUAAUAAACUUGUUUUACAAUGUACCCGUAUGCUUAACUUUCAUUUGCUUUGAGUGGUGUUCAACUUGUCUUGCAUAGACAAAUAUUUCUAGUUUCCAUAUUGUGUCCUGGAAUCUUUUCUGGGGAGCAAAUGUAGAUAACUUUUGAAAGGAAAGUUGCAGUGAAUAUUCACUAAUAAACGUGUUACAACAUCAGACUAUUGGGUUUAUCCAGAACAAGAUGGUGAUUUCUAGUACAGUUUUUGGAAAGAAGGCAAACUGCAAACCAGUAGCAAGUAAAGGGAAUGACUGAAUUGCAGGCAGUUUUGUAAUGAGCUUUUUGGGGAAGUUGUUGAUUUCCCACAUUGGAACUCUGAAGGGCUACAUUGUGUAAAAUGUAGAUUAUCCCUUGGGCCCAGGUAAUUUUUGUACUUAAUGUGAUUAGUGCAUUUUUUAAAAUACUUGAUUGCUUAAAAUGCAAGCUGUUUGGUUAACCAUAUGUUCCAGAAUUUCUGAGAAGACCAAAUUAAACAACUGGAGUGGAUGGCUUGAGUGCAUAUGGGUACAUUGUAGAAGUGAAAGACAUUACUGUGCAAGAAUUUUCAUGUCACUUGUAAAAUGUUUUGUGAAAUCCUUGGGAUUAAAGUUUUGGUUACAAA